GAGUUUUCAGAACCAAGCUGUGUGUCUCUGAAGAGUAACACAUCCAUGAUGGACCCUCCUAUCCUUUGUGACGGACCAGUGACCUCUGAUUCUCUUUUCAGCCAGGGAAAGACACAUGAGAUGAUCAGAUCAGUGCCACCUUCUACAUUGCAAAAUCAGACUUGCAUCAGGCAGAACAAAACUGAAUCAGUUUUUCAGAAACACACACUGGACACUAGAGACAUGCAGAGAGUCAAAGAGCAGCACAAAACCAGCAUGAAGAAUAAGUAUGAGAGAUUAUUUGAAGUAAUCAAACUCCAAGAGAAUGAGACCCACCUGAACAGGAUCUACACACAACUCUACAUCAUUGAGGGAGAGAGAGAAGGAGUGAAUGAAGAACAUGAGGUUUUACAGAUGGAGAAAACAGCCAGAACACAACACUCACAAGACACUCCAAUCUACUGCAAUGACAUCUUUAAAGCCUCCGCUGAAGCAGGAUCAGAGGAGAAAGAGCAGAUCAAGACUGUUCUAACUAAAGGCAUCGCUGGAAUCGGAAAAACCGUCUCUGUGCAGAAGUUCAUUCUGGACUGGGCCGAGGGAAAAGCCAAUCAGGAUGUAGAUUUCAUGUUUGUGCUUCCAUUUCGAGAGCUGAACUUGAUCAGAGAUCAGCAGUACAGUCUUCAUAGACUUCUGCUGGACUUUCAUCCUGAACUUCAAGAUCUGGACUCACAGAUUUAUGAGGAGUGUAAAGUUGUGUUCAUCUUUGAUGGUCUGGAUGAAAGCAGAAUCACACUGAUGUUUUCAGACGCUCAGAAAGUUUGUGAUGUGACUGAGACUUCAUCAUUGGCUGUGUUGAUGUCAAACCUCAUGAAGGGAGAGCUGCUUCCCUCUGCUUUCAUCUGGAUCACCUCCAGACCAGCAGCAGCCAAUCAGAUCCCCUCCGAAUACAUCCACCGUCUGACAGAAAUACAGGGAUUCAAUGAGCCUCAGAAGGAGGAAUAUUUCAGGAAGAGAAUCAGUGAUGAGCAUCAAGUCAGCAGAAUCAUCUCACACAUCAGAAGAGCAAGAAGCCUCCACAUCAUGUGCCACAUCCCCGUCUUCUGCUGGAUCUCAUCCACUGUGCUUCAGAAGCUCCUGGAAGAAGAUCUGAGUGUAGAAAUCCCUCAAACUCUGACUGAAAUGUACAUCCACUUCCUGCUGAUUCAGAUCAACAUGAAGAAGCAGAAGUAUGAAGAGAGAGAUCCAGAGAAACUCCUGAAGUUCAACAGAGAAGUGAUUGUGAAACUUGCUGAAGUGGCUUUCAAACAGCUGAUGAAGGGCAAUGUGAUGUUCUAUGAGGAGGACCUGAUUGAGAGCGGCAUAGACGUCACUGACGCCUCAGUGUAUUCUGGGAUUUGCACAGAGAUCUUUAAGCAGGAAUCUGUGAUUCAUCAGAGGAAAGUCUACAGCUUCAUUCAUCUGAGCGUUCAGGAGUUUCUAGCUGCUUUCUAUUUGUUUUUCAUUUAUGUAAUGAAAAAUGUUGACACACCACAGUUUUUGGAUGUUGUUCAUAGUCUCCAUAAAGAAGCAAUAGAUAAAGCCCUUGAGAGUGUGAAUGGACAGCUGGAUCUGUUUCUGAGGUUCCUGCUGGGCGUCUCACUGGAGUGCAAUCAGAGACUCUUACAGGAUCUACUGACACACACAGAGAACAGCUCAGAGACCAUCAAAAGAACCACACAGUACAUUAAAGAGAAGAUCAAAGAUGGACAUGGACUCUCCACUGAAAGAUCCAUCAAUCUGUUCCUCUGUCUGCUGGAAGUGAAAGAUCAGACUUUGUUCAGAGAGAUUCAGGAGUUUGUUAAAUCAGACAAACACUCAGAGAAGAAACUCUCUGCUGCUCACUGCUCAACAAUCGCCUACAUGCUUCAGAUGUCAGAGGAGGUGCUGGAUGAACUGAACCUCAAGAAAUACAACACAUCAGCUGAGGGGAGAAGAAGACUGAUACCAGCUGUGAUCAACUGCAGAAAAGCUCUGUUUGCUGACUGUAACCUCACUGCUCAGCAAUGUGGAAUUGUAUCUUCAGCUUUUCAGUCCCCAAACUCUGUCCUAAGAGAGCUGGACCUGAGUAACAAUGACCUGCAGGAUUCUGUAGUGAAGCUGCUCUCUGAUGGACUGAAGAGUUUAAACUGUCAGCUGGAGAUAUUGAGGUUGUCAGGUUGUAUGGUGACAGAGAAAGGCUGUGGUUAUGUAUCUUCAGCUCUUACAUCAAACCCCUCACACCUGAGAGAGCUGGAUCUGAGCUAUAAUCACCCGGGAGAUACAGGAGUCAAGCUUCUAUCUGAAAAACUGGAGGAUCCAAAUUGCUCAUUGCAGAUACUCAACUUGGACCAUGGAGAAGCAUUUAGGAUAACAAAAGGAUUAAAAAAAUAUGCAUGCAAUCUCACACUGGAUCCAAACACAGCAAACAUUCGUCUCUUUCUGUCUGAAAAUAACAGGAAGUUGACGUAUGUGGAACAGCCACAGCAGUAUUCAGAGCAUCCUGAGAGAUUUAAACACUAUGAGCAGGUUCUGUCUAAGGAAAGUUUCUCUGGACGCUGUUACUGGGAGGCUGAAUGGACUGGCUGGAGUUACAUAGGAAUGACAUACAAAGGAAUCAACAGGGAAGGAAGAAAUCAGAGUAGAUUUGGGUAUAAUGAAAUGUCAUGGUGUGUUUUCUGUAUUGCCAACAGAUACAGUGCUUGGCACAAUAAUAAAAACAAAGACAUACCUCUCCCUUCAUGCAGUUCUAAGAGAGUAGGAGUGUAUCUGGACUGGUCUGCCGGCACCCUGUCCUUCUACAGCAUCUCUGACACACACACACUAACACACUUAUACACAUUCAACACCACAUUCACUGAACCCCUCUAUGCUGGAAUUAGAGUUUAUGAAGCCUCUGUGUCCCUGUGUCAGUUUUGAUAGCCAUGUAAGAAAAGAAAAUAACUGCCCAACAAUUUUUCAGAACAGAAGAGGAAUUAACUAAAUUAGAGUUUGUGUAAAAUUUAAAGAAUUGUUCCUAAACACAUUAUAAAUGUUAGAAAUGUUAUUGCUGAAACACAUUACAGAGACCUAACCCACUGUGCAUUGACGUCGGAGUAUGUAUUUUUCGGAUGUCCAAAUUCGGUCCAUUGAAGGGGUUGUUUUGUAACACCAGGCGACAUCUUUUUUCGACGCUUUCUGCACGUCUAAUGUUGACCUCUGUGCAAGGGCUAUUUAUAGACCAAAUGUGGAUGUUUUGUAGAUGUCUUUUCAACAUCAAAUUACUUAUUUUGGGCGUCAUUUUUAUAACCUCUAUAACUGUGGUCCCAUGUUUCCAGAGGAUAGAGGACAUGUUUUCUGUGCCAGUUAAUUUUCCUGUAGCUUUGUUUGGCUAAACUUAUAUUUUCAACAGGAAAUGCAUUACACCUUCGUAUGCACGUCCAGUUAUCACUUGCUGUUGAGACAAUCAGUUUUUGCUAAAUGAUCUGGAACAGUAUGCCACCUUCUGAAAUGGGAUUAGAUCUUUUGCAAAAACUACAUUUGAUUGUCUCAGCAGCAGGUGAAACUAGCUGUUGAGCCAAACAAAGCUACAGGAGAAUUAACUGGAACAGAAAACAUGUCCUCCACCCUCGGGAAAUAUGGGACUACAUUCAACAAUACAGUUACACAAAUACAAUUCCCCUUUAUGUAGAGGAGUUUUUGAUUUUCUAUGAAACCUCAGCAUUUGGUUUUGUGACUAGGGCUUUAGGUCCUUAAAAGGCUCUCCAGAUGUUUGUUGUUCAUCGUUCCUUGUCUAUCCCUAGACUAAAACGGUUUUCUGUUGAGAUUCACUGGCACACAUUACUUGACUUAGUCUUUUUUCUAACAUUAGUAUCAAAAGGGGGCUGGCACAAAUAAACAUCUGAUACUUAUCUACCUACAUCAUGAGUCUGUGGUCUUCCAUACUGUUGUCUUUCCAGAUGCAUUUUUUUUUUACUUGAGAAUGGCUAACAGCAAGAAUAGCCUACAUUUCCAAAAACCUGCAAUACACCGAAUUUCUGCUUCAUAGAAAAAUGCGUAUAUCUGCUCAGAACUUGAUGUGGCAUUAAGCACUUUUCUAUGCCAAUGACCAUUUUAAUAAAUUUUAACAUUGUGCAUAUGCUUAAAUCCUAAAUAUGUUAAUG